AUGGCGUCUCUUCUCCGAAUCCUGUGUCUCGGCACGUUCUUCAACCUGGUCGUUUUGUGUCCUUUCUCUUCCGCUCAGCAACUUUCUCAAUUCGUCUGGCCUUACGAUACUCUCGGUCUUAGCGGUGCGUGCUUCACGGCUCUCAACAGGACCGUAGCAUCAUGCAGCUCUCUACUAGGCAACCAGAUUAAGGGUGGUUCUGUUGGCUUGUUAGAUGAGCGCUCUCUUACGGCUCUAUGCACCACUACUUGUGAGAGUGACCUCAAGAGCCGACAAGGCGCGAUCAAGGCUGCCUGCAAAAGCAGUCAGGACGUCAUGAUUCCUGAAGACAAUAGGAUUGCGUACCCUGCAACCUACCUGGUAGACAAGAUGCUAUACGCUUAUAGUCUUUCCUGUUACAAAGACAAGGCAUCCGGGCAGUAUUGCGAUUUGCUCAUGGCCAAGUUCACCAAUGACACACUACCCCAAGAUGAGUGCUCAGACUGCAACCUAGCAAACAUGCAGAAGCAGCUGUCUUCACCUUUCGGUUACAACAGUCGUGCGGCCUCAGAAUUCUCCUCCGUUACCGCCAGCUGCGGUGCUGCUGGAUAUGCAUAUGUCUCUCCCACCAAAUACGCCCUGAACAGCACAAGUGCCGGCAUUCCUUCAGCCACAUCCAUCGCAAAGAAGUACGGGCUCAGCCAAGCGCAACUGCUCGCCUGGAACCCGAUGUUCGAUGCCAAGUGCUUCAACAUCGGCGAUUCGGUUAGCAGACAGAUCUGCGUCAGCUCACCAGGCGGUUCUAUCGAUGUUCCUGGCGGCGAGGUGACUACAACUGCAGCGCCCGUGCCUACCAAUUACCCUGAAGGAAGUAACAAGAAUUGCGCCCAAUGGUAUACAACGGUCGAGGAUCAGUAUUGCAACGACAUUUCUGUCGCCUUCGGCAUCUCUCUUGCGGACUUUUACUUCUUGAACCCUCAGAUCGACAAGUCUUGUAGUAAUUUGUGGCUUGGUUAUGCCUACUGCGUCAAGGCGGUCGGGUUCAUCACGACAUACCCGGGAUACACUACAUCACAGCCGGCGACAAGCUUCACGCGCCCGCCAACGACAACUUCCACCAAAGUGCCCCAGACUCAACCACCAGCACCACUUGCCUCGGGCUCCAAAAGUGAUUGUAAAUCAUACUUGGAAGGGCUCGACAACGCAGACCUGACAGACUCGCUCAACAAAAACGGACUGGAUAUGGACAGGUACCCGGAUUUUGAUUUCAUGAUGACGAACAACUGUUCCCAAAUAGCCCGGCAAUACGGAGUUAAUGUGACCGAUAUCCUAUCAUGGAACCCGAGUCUAUCAAGUCAGGCGUGUCAGCUUCAGGCCGGCCUUCGGUACUGUGUUGGGACUGAGGAUGUAGACUCGGGCAGCCGAGAUGACUACCUGAGAUCCGAGUACUGCGCAGAGAUGGUCGAGAGUGAUCUUAUCAUGUCCGGAACUGCGCCUGACUGCAGUUGCUACACCGUCAUCUCUGGCGGAGAUGCAGGCGAAUUGGACUGCGGCAGCAUAGGAUAUCCCAUAGCAAAUGUGGCCGAAAUUCUGGCGCUAAACCCUUGGAUCAGUGGCGGCGACUGCGACGUUGGAGUGUUCGCCGGUCUCAAUACUGAUGAAUCCGACCGCGCUGUAUGCCUGCGAGGCGGCGGCGUGGCCACGACAUCCCGUGUGUCUGGUAUCACGACCUCCGUCUCGGCAACUACCAAGCCGCCGACUGUCACGACUACCAAACCAGCAACCACCACCACAUCCUCAGCCGCAGCGCCUUCUCCAACUCAGCCCGGUACGAUUACCUCCUGCAAGAAGUUCCACAAUGUCGUCAGUGGUGACGGUUGCUGGUCCAUUUCCAACCAAUACGGGAUCUCGCUGGAGAACUUUUACGCCUGGAACAGCGGCGUUGGAGCAGACUGCUCGGUCGGCGUGUGGUUGGGCUACUCUGUGUGUGUGGGCGUCUGA